AUGGAGGAGGCGCAGGGCGCCACCGGCGGUGUGGGGAGGAGGCACAGGCCGCACGGUGCUGCUGUGGAAGAGGUGGGGGCGAGUCUUUUAGACGGCCCGGAAGAGAUGGUCGCCGCAUCGGUGUGGAAGAGGCGGGGGCGAGUCAUCCGAGCAGCAUGGGCAGCGGACUUGAAGCGGACGGUUCGGAUGUGA